AUGUCGAAGAGUCAGCAGAGUGAAUUUAAGCCCUACACCCUCUAUGAUUCAACCAAACCUCUUCCGCCCAUCUACAGCAAACGUACUGCAAAGGAACUGAAGGAGAAUAAGGAACAACUUGCAGCUCAUCUGGAAUCCUUCAAGCGAUGGAUUAAGUCGAUGCCUCACCUUCAAUGUACCCUUGGUAAAUGCAUCGAAAAGCAUUAUUAA